GAAGUUAUUGAGUGGAUUCCUUUUAAUAAAUUAAAAAUCAUACAGGAGAUCUCGAAAACAAAGUUCUUAGGUGUUUGGAUUGAUGGCAUACGAUUAGUUUCUGGAAAUAUUGGUACAUACAUACAAUCACGUAGACCAUCAAGUGUUAUUACACUAAUAACUUUUCCCAGUUCACAAAAAAUUCCUGCAGGAUUUUUGGAGGAU